UUCACAGCUAUAAAAUGCAACAAUGAUCCGGAAGUGGCCAGGUUUUUGGCAGACGCUGGUAUCGGCUUUGACUGUGCCAGUAAAGUAAGUCAGGACACUAAGACUUGUCUUUUAAAAUUUGAGUUAUCCAUGCAUGGAUAUCAGCGCCGUGUUUCUGUAACCUGUUAUUGCGCGUGACCCAGUUUAAAAUGGAUUUACACAAAACUGCUCUUUCAUUCACAUUUUUUUUCUUUUUCUUGCCUCCCACGCAAUAUGCCUUGGCCCCCCGGGGGGCCAUGUAUCCCAGGUUGAGAACCACAGUAUUGGAAAAUAUGAGCCGUGGCAAAGUGUUUAAUCCUCAAUAGAAGGCAACAACUGUGUCACGUGAUAAGCGCUGAGCACCAGGGACUAAAAUGCCAGCAGUGCUCAACUUGUACCUGGUACUAAAUUGCUAGUAUUGGCAACGUCAGUGGCAAUGAAAAAAAAAUGACUUUCUUGCGAAAACCGGGGCUGCCCUGCCUCGGCCAGAUGUACCAGUAGCUUACUUGGGAAUCAAAAACUGGCUGGCAGACCAUUUCAAAACGAAAUAAUACAGGCAAUGGGCAGACAACGCGACCGCCAGAGGUGUCUUCGUUAACUUGCGCACUGCUAGCAGACAAGAUGCGCACGGAGCACUGCCUCAUGGGCACACACUUCUGGAGGCUAGAUAACAACAGGGACCCUACCUGCCGCAUUGCAUCCUGGUCCCGGAAACACUAGCGCACCUGUUGACCGAAUGUCCCUCAAUAGAUGUUCCGGGGGAAGCCAGAGCGGUGGGAGAGCCCUACAUGGGGAAAAUGUUGUAUUGUCCAGCUCAGAAGAUGGAGCUUGUAGCCAAUGUACUAGCUGGGGUCUUAAGAGGGUGAUCUGAAACCAUCACUAGAAUAUAUGUGUUAGAUAGUACCUGGUACAAGGUGACCGAUGGGAGAAUUUUAGUAUGAUGGAGCCAGAGAUGCGAGCCAAGCGAACGUUUUGUGGCACCAAGGGUUCUGCACGAUGCUUCAAUGUGUUAGGAAUGCGUUGUCUAUGACGAAAGUCAAAUUCCCUUGCUGGUUGAUCAUUAGUCCCUCUCCGGUCAUUAGUCCCCUCCGGUUCAUUAGUCCCCUCCGGUCAUUAGUCCCCCUCCGGUUCAUUAGUCCCCCUCCGGGUACCUUUUCAGAACUUCGGAAGUUCGUAAUAAAAUACAGUAUUUUAAUUGGUGCCAUGCCCUUUCCCUUAUGUGUCGUUUAAAUUUAAGAGACGUAUCGAUAAGUUUUCAUAAUACUUCCAAUUGUUGUAUCUAAUCCCAACAGAGAGAGAUUGCCCAGGUGCUGGACCUUGGUGUGGAACCAUCUCGCAUUGUGUUCGCCCACCCCUGCAAGCAGAGCUCUCAUGUCCAGUACGCUGCUCAGAACAAUGUUGACCUCAUGACCUUUGAUGACCUCCAUGAGCUUGUGAAGAUUAAAAAAUAUUAUCCACGUGCCAGGUAGGACGCAGUCUUUUCAAAGAUACAGUUGAUACAAAAAAAAUUUACCGGGAUUUCUAAACUAUUCAAGCGCUGAUUCCUUGUCAUAGCACUGAUUCAUUGUCAUAGCACUCAUUCAUUGUCAUAGCACUCAUUCAUUGUCAUAGCACUCAUUCAUUGUCAUAGCACUGAUUCAUUGUCAUAGCACUCAUUCAUUGUCAUAGCACUGAUUCAUUGUCAUAGCACUGAUGCAUUGUCAUAGCACUCAUUCAUUGCCAUAGCACUCAUUCAUUGUCAUAGCACUCAUUCAUUGUCAUAGCACUCAUUCAUUGUCAUAGCACUGAUUCAUUGUCAUAGCACUCAUUCAUUGUCAUAGCACUGAUUCAUUGUCAUAGCACUGAUGCAUUGUCAUAGCACUCAUUCAUUGCCAUAGCACUGAUUCAUUGUCAUAUCACUCAUUCAUUGCCAUAGCACUCAUUCAUUGCCAUAGCACUCAUUCAAUGUCAUAGCACUCAUUCAUUGCCAUAGCACUCAUUCAUUGUCAUAACACUGAUUCAUUGUCAUAGCACUGAUUCAUUGUCAUAGCACUCAUUCAUUGUCAUAGCACUGAUUCAUUGUCAUAGCACAGAUUGAUUGUGAUGAACUUUACGGUUAACAAAAUAGAGAUUUAAAACUGUAUGACCCUUAAUAAAUUAUGUGUCUUCUUUGUUCAAGUUCUAUCAUUGGAACCUGUAUGAAAUUUAAAGCCUCAUUUACCUCCUUUCCUCAUCCCUAUGACCAGUGGCGUGACUAUGAAGUUACUAAGGGGGCACGGCCCCGUUGGUUUUGGUUUUUCGUUGUUGUUUUUUUGUUGUUGUUUUUUUUUGUUUUUUGUUUUGGGUGUGGGGGGUGGUAUGUAACCUUUUAUAAAUGGUGUGUGUUUUUGUGAGUGUGUUAGGUGCGCUUUUUUUAUGAGUUCUCCCCGAACGGCAUCUAGUCAAGGUACGCCACUGUCUGUGACAUCCACACCUUAUCCACUCCGUGUGUCCUCAGGCUCCUGCUCCGGAUAAAGUCCAGUAGAGAACACAAGGCCAAGCACAGUUUCAACACAAAGUUUGGCUGUGACCCGGAAGCAGCCCUGCAGCUGUUCAAACAUGCGCAGAACAUUGGGCUCAGUGUUGUAGGAAUAAGGUGAGUCUGGGCUUCCGCUGUGCUCCACGCUACACGUGUUCCUAGGUUAUGACGUGUGCUUGGUGCGUGUGUAGACGUUCAGGCGUAUCAGAGGUCGAGCAGGAGAAGGUAAGCCUGGGUCCUCUGGUGUCAGGAGAGGGGCGCCACCUACUGACAUGUCAGUGUUACCUUCUUUUUCUUCUUCUUCUUCGUCUAUAUAUAAAGGGCCCACGAUCAAUUUAUUGAUCAUUUUGGCUCCUAUGCAUGUAGAGGGGAUUUGCAAUGUUUCUGUGCCUGGUGCUGAUGAGGAUAUUUCAAUGAUUACUAGUGCUACUUUGUGAAGGAAUCAUCCAAUGGGGGUUGGAAGGCUUGAGGCAAUAGACGCAAAUGUGUCUAGAGUUGUCGCCUCAACUGUUUCUUUUAAAAGCUUGUUCCAGCCCCCGAUUGUCUUGGGCAGGAAUGAACAAUUCCUAUACUGGCUUCUUGCUGGUAUGAGCCGGAAUUGCCUGUCAUGGCCUCGUCGUGUGUAUUCUGCCAUCAUGACAAUUGGGGCUGUUCUUAAAGUAGGUCCCACUAAUUUUAACAUUCUGUUGCACCUCCCCACUGUCACAAUCUGACAGAAAACUUGGAUCCCACCCCCAAAGUACGUUACACUUCAAAGAUAAAAUAAAAAUAUUUUUUAAAUGAACAACUAACUAAAAUUCAAUCUAAAACACACUUCAGUAUUUAAAUUACACACACCUAAUUGGUAUAUUUUUCUCCAGAAUACACGCGGGACAACUGAAAGUUUAGCAUCACUGUCCAUUUCAGCUUGUAUAUGCAUGAUAAAAAAAUAUAUAAAUGUAUGACGUCAUGUAUGAUGUAGACCUCCCUCCUCCCACCAUGUCUCACAAACUGUCAGACAUUCUUAGACCCACCACCACCCCCUCAACCUCACGUCGCGAUACUUACUUUAUGAUCGUCACCUGUUUAGAAUGUGUCUUCAACCUGGAAUUUUCCUGAAAGAUGGUUGUUGUUUCUUUUUUAAAUAUUGCUUUUAAUACAAAAAUGUUGAGAACCCCUGUGGAUGUAUUUCAGGGUAUCAGACUUGAACGCCUUGUCUCUUCAUGUCUCUAGUUUUCACGUGGGCAGUCUCCCCGAGGUCGUUUCCAGUUUCGCCGCCAGCAUCGCCGAGGCAAGUCGAGUGUUUAAGGUCGGAGAGGAUAUGGGUUUGAGCAUGUCGGUAUUGGAUAUCGGAGGGGGAUUUCCUGGCGUUGAUUCGGACAACAUGACAUUCGAAAAGGUAUGUUUCUGUAUUUUUUUAUUUUUAAAAAUGUAAUUUAAAUGACGUCAUUGCUAUGUUUGACAUUAAUUAUUCAAAGACAUAUUUGAGACGCGGCAUCCAACAUUCAAAUUGUUGUACUGUAUCCAACAUCCAAGACACAAAGACAUAUUUGUGGCGAGUUAUCCAGCACCCAUUUGUUGCACAGUAUCCAACAUCCAAGACACAAAGACAUAUUUGUGGCGAGUUAUCCAGCACCCAUUUGUUACACAGUAUCCAACAUCCAAGACACAAAGACAUAUUUGUGGCGAGUUAUCCAGCACCCAUUUGUUGCACAGUAUCCAACAUCCAAGACACAAAGACAUAUUUGUGGCGAGUUAUCCAGCACCCAUUUGUUACACAGUAUCCAACAUCCAAGACACAAAGACAUAUUUGUGGCGAGUUAUCCAGCACCCAUUUGUUGCACAGUAUCCAACAUCCAAGACACAAAGACAUAUUUGUGGCGAGUUAUCCAGCACCCAUUUGUUGCACAGUAUCCAACAUCAAAGACACAAAGACAUAUUUGUGGCGAGGUAUCCAGCACCCAUUUGUUACACAGUAUCCAACAUCCAAGACACAAACACACAGCCAUCUAUCCUAACUCUCGCCCGUCUUAUUUCAGGUCGCUGAUGUCGUGAACUGCGCCCUAGAUGAACAUUUCCCCGUGUCCAGGAAUGUGAGAAUCAUCGCUGAGCCAGGUCGUUACAUGGUGACCUCAGGGUUCACGUUGACCGUCAGCAUCAUCGCAAAGAAAACGGUUGAACGGCGGGUCACCGAUACAGGUAAUCAUUACCAGCCCCCCCCCCACCCCCCAGGUCUCCACGCACGUCCUUCAUGGACGAUACCAAACUUAAUUUUUAGAUUCGUAAACUUUUUUUUUUUUAUGGUUUCUACUUCGACUUUUCACGUAGGUCUGAACUGAAAUGCCAGCGUCACAGCGGUCAUGACAAAAGCCAUUAGAAAUGUUAUGGUCAUGAUGAACUGAAAUGUCAGCGUCACAGCGGUCAUGACAAAAGCCAUUAGAAAUGUUAUGGUCAUGAUGAACUGAAAUGUCAGCGUCACAGCGGUCAUGACAAAAGCCAUUAGAAAUGUUAUGGUCAUGAUGAACUGAAAUGUCAGCGUCACAGCGGUCAUGACAAAAGCCAUUAGAAAUGUUAUGGUCAUGAUGAACUGAAAUGUCAGCGUCACAGCGGUCAUGACAAAAGCCAUUAGAAAUGUUAUGGUCAUGAUGAACUGAAAUGUCAGCGUCACAGCGGUCAUGACAAAAGCCAUUAGAAAUGUUAUGGUCAUGAUGAACUGAAAUGUCAGCGUCACAGCGGUCAUGACAAAAGCCAUUAGAAAUGUUAUGGUCAUGAUGAACUGAAAUGUCAGCGUCACAGCGGUCAUGACAAAAGCCAUUAGAAAUGUUAUGGUCAUGAUGAACUGAAAUGUCAGCGUCACAGCGGUCAUGACAAAAGCCAUUAGAAAUGUUAUGGUCAUGAUGAACUGAAAUGUCAGCGUCACAGCGGUCAUGACAAAAGCCAUUAGAAAUGUUAUGGUCAUGAUGAACUGAAAUGUCAGCGUCACAGCGGUCAUGACAAAAGCCAUUAGAAAUGUUAUGGUCAUGAUGAACUGAAAUGUCAGCGUCACAGCGGUCAUGACAAAAGCCAUUAGAAAUGUUAUGGUCAUGAUGAACUUCGAUAUUUGCAUGUAAAAGUUUUUUUUACCCAAAUCUUUUGCACGAUGUACCCAUUACUUUCUAGUCAUGUCUGGUCACGUCCGGUCAUGUCUGGUCACGUCCGGUCAUGUCUGGUCACGUCCGGUCAUGUCUGGUCACGUCCGGUCAUGUCUGGUCACGUCCGGUCAUGUCUGGUCAUACCUAGUUGCGUCUUAUAGCGUCUAGUGACGUCUGGUCAUGACUGGUCACUUCUGGUAACUUCUGGUUAGUCUGUUCACGUCUGGUCACUUCUGGUCACGUCUGGUCACGUCUGGUCACUUUUGGUCACGUCUGGUCAGUCUGAUCACGUCUGGUCACUUCUGGUCACGUCUGGUCACUUCUGGUCAUUUAUGGUCACGUCUGGUCACUUCUGGUCAUGCUACGGACUUGAAAUUCACAAAAUGUCCAGCAUACGCGCCUGCCAUAAGACAAGCUCAUCCCUCCUCCUUCGUCCCUCCUCCUUCAUCCCUCCUCCCUCGUCCAUUCUUCCUCAUGUCUUCUCCAGUCUUACACAUGUCUUCCAACCAUUUUGAUUCCCAAUUAGUUCGCAAAGUCGACACUCUACUCCUGUACCCAGACGCAAAAGAAAAAAAAAACGUUAAAAAUCAAACAAUGUUGAUUUCGUUAUUUUGGAUGAUUUGGUUUAAAAUUAUUUUAAUUGAUUAAUGGUCGAUAACCCUCCAUUUCAUAUGUUUCUUACAGAACGCAGUCAUUAACAUACAUAGAUCAGAAGUGUUUAUUUUAACCACAACACUUUGUGCAUUUUUUAAAAGUGUUCUUCAACCUUUGUAGACAUUCACACAGUGUAAUGUCCAUUCUACACAAUAAAUUGGACCAGGGGGUGUUGUGGGUCUUUUCCCGGCUAACCAACGCUCCCACGGAAAGUAGCACUUUUCCCGGCUAACCAACGCUCCCACGGAAAGUAGCACUUUUCCCGGCUAACCAACGCUCCCACGGAAAGUAGCACUAAGGAAAUGGGUGCAACGAAAAGAAAAUAAUCACUUCAUAAUAAUUAUUAUUUACCUCAUUCUAGCAGUUCUUAACCGUGUGUGUGUGAGAAAGAUUGAGAGAGAGGGAGAGAGAGAGAGAGAGAGAUAGAGAGAAUGAGAGAGGAAUAAAGAGAGAGAGAGAAAGAGAGUUUGUGGUGUGUUUUGUGCAAAUUUUAGCAUUUCAGUUUGGCCCGCGGUGCCCUUUCCUGAAGUAAUAAUAAAAUUAUAUUCUUUUUUGGAUACAUUAAGUCCUUUUUUAAAAAAGUUUUCAUGCCCACCUGUCCGAAGAAUUAAUAUAUAUAUAUAUAUGAUGUGGCCCUCUCUUGGGUUAUUAUUGUUAACGUGGAGUAACUCUGCUUUUAUGCACCGUGGAUCUACCAUCCUAAUUUAAUCUAGUUACCUCUUCCCACUCAUGCAGGAACCUUUGACAUUGGUAUCCCGUAUGGCGUCACUCAUGCAGGAACGUGUGACAUUGGUUGCCCGUAUGGUGUGAGACAUGUAUCUGGUCACAGUCUGAAGGAUGAGAUAACGGUGGCGGAAGAUGUUGACUGUGAGAACCGCUCUGAACGCCUGAUGUAUUACGUCAAUGAUGGCAUCUUCGGGUCAUUCAACAACGUCUUUACUGACCACGCCGUCAUA